CUCUCCUGUUUAAUUUAGCUUAUUGCCAAAAAUAAUUCACAUUUGAAAUGUUACAGAACGGCUUUUAUCUCAUUUGGCUUCUGUUAUUAUUUGGGUUGAGCAACAGUGGAGCGCUGAACGACCCUCAUCCAGAGCUCUCCGAUCAGGAGCUUUUCUGGGGAGCCGAUCAGUAUGACUUUUCCAUCAUGCUGCAGCAUGGAGACCUCCAGUGCUACUGGCACUUUGCUCACUUCGGUGAGCGCUUCUACUUAAACUUCAUGGUCCAGCUGGUGACCGGUGUGGCUCUGGACAGACAUCUCUCUGUGACUGUUAAUGCUCCAAGCGGUUUAAUAGUCGGCCAAGUUGACGAUGCAAGUGGUCAGAUUGCCUUCAAUGUUAAGGAGACUGUGGUGGAACAUAGUGCAGCCAUUAAGUUGCCCCAACAGGGUAUUGUGUAUCAAAAAGUUAAUUGA